CAGCCUAUAAUCUUUCCUUCAGCUACCAAACUUUCCUCUUUACUGAUUUUUUAGUUCCUUGUCCAUAUCUUUGUUCCCCCUUUUUGCAUUUCUAUAUUUCUCGUGAAAGCUUCUCUUUCCCAUUUCUCCCCUCUUUCCUUUCUCGUGUGCUCGUGAUCACUCUUUUGUGUAUUUAUACAUUUGCACUUACAAAGUCUCCUACUUUUGUAUAGCUCCAUUGGAACAGAGAGAAGAAAAUAGCCAUGGCUUUGCAGAGACAUUUUUCAGUGUUGAUUCUGCUCUUGGCUUGUUUGAUUGGAUCUUCGCACUCUUAUCAAUUCACAGUUGGUGGUAAAGAUGGUUGGGUUCCUAACCCUUCUCAAAGUUACAAUGAAUGGUCUCAACAUAUGAGAUUCCAAGUUGGUGACACUGCUUUGUUCAAGUAUAAGCAAGGAUCAGAUUCUGUGUUGGAAGUAAACAAGGAUGAUUAUGACAAAUGCAAUACACAAAGCCCAAUCAAGAAGAUGGAAGAUGGCAACUCCGUUUUCACUUUGGAUCACCCUGGUCCUUUCUACUUCAUUAGUGGCAACAAAGAUAAUUGCAACAAAGGACAAAAGGUGCAAAUUAUUGUAAUAUCUCCUAGAGGUAAAACUCCUACUACCCCUUCUUCACCCACAACUCCGUCUCCUUCUGGUUCCGCCACCCCUCCGUCUCCUUCUGGUGGUUCCGCCACCCCUCCGUCUCCUUCUGGCGGUUCAGCCACCCCUCCGUCUCCUUCUGGCGGUUCCGCCACCCCUCCAACUCCUUCUGGGGGUUCCAUCACUCCUCCGGCGGCUGGUUCGCCUAAAGGAUCNGGUUCCGCCACCCCUCCGACUCCUUCUGGGGGUUCCAUCACUCCUCCGGCGGCUGGUUCGCCUAAAGGAUCAUCUACACCAUCACCAGCGGGAUCACCGCCAUCUCCUUCUGCAGGUUCUACUACCCCACCACCCGCAACUUCAGCACCUUCAGCCACCACUCCGGCAGGUGCUCCGUCUAAAGGAUCGACCACACCCGGUACAUCAUCACCCAAUGGGGCACCAGUAGUAUCUCCACCAGCAGGUAAAUCACCAACCUCAUCUCCUGCACCUGCUGGUUCAAUCGUAUCUCCGGCAACUAAUGCUCCGGUGCCGGCAACAAGUUCUAUGACUCCAACCGGAUCUCCGGCACCGACAGGAGGAGCUUCUGAUUUAUCGCCUUCACCAUCAUCAAGCUCAUUAGCACCAGGUUCAUCUGCUCUUUCGCCGGGAGGUAUUGCACCAGCCGGAGGACCAACUUCAUCAAUGGCGCCGGGAAGUAUGGCUCCGGGCGCCGGCGCCGGUAGCACUCCGGCGGACAUUAAUUCGCCAGCUGGCGCACCAUCCAACCCAAAUUCAUUUGCAGUAAAGGCAUUUACUCCAUCAGUUGUCCUUUUGUCAACCGUUUCACUCAUCUUGACCAUGGCUUUUGGAGAAUUUAUUAUUUCACCUUAGGGUAAAAAAAAUUUAGUAGAAUUACUGUGAAAACUUCGUUCUCUAUCUUCUGGUUAUUUUUAUUUGGGUUUUUCUUUUUUUGUCUCCUAUUGUUUUUAUUUCUUUAAUAAUUCAGAGAUUGGAGAUGUGUUUAGUUGUUUUUUCUUUUUAUUUUUUUGUGGGUGACAAAUUGAAUUUAUAUAUGCGAGUAUGUAUGAACUUAAUUCUAGUCAUUUUUUUUU